AUGCCGAAGUGGUGCACUACGACAGCAUCCACUUCAACAACUAUCAUCUCACCGGUCCUGUCGUUGUGGAACACGGUAGCCACGCAGCUAGAUGCAUUAAAAUCCACUCAAAACUAUGAUGCAGAAGAAGGAGAGGUAGAGAAUGUUAGGCCGAUUCAGUCUAUGAAUGGAAGGAAGUUAUUGCUUAACAAGGCGGGAAAAGUGUUCAUAGAAGAGGACACGAUGACCAAAAUGCUGCUUAUCUUUGGUACAUUGGUACUAGUAAUGCUAGUACCGCCUCUAGUGAUUCUUUGGGUAAUCUACAAGAAAACAACCAUCGCUAAUCUGCAAAUGGACAGAGCG